AAGCAUUGCAGUCUGCUACCAACAGUCUAAGAAAUCAUCAACCAAUCAACAUGAAGUGCAUCGCCAUCGUCUCCACCAUCUGCAUGCUGGCCGCUUUUGUUGCCGCCGAUAAGGAGGAUAAGAUGCUCGGCUCUUCCUACGGUGGUGGCUACGGCAAGCCCGCCGCUGCUCCGGCUCCAUCCUACGCCGCUCCGGCUGCCGCUCCCCAGGCCUACGCCGCCCCAGCUGCUCCAUCCUACGCCGCCGCUCCGGUCUCGAUCCCGGCUCCUCCCUGCCCCAAGAACUACCUGUUCAGCUGCCAGCCCAACCUGGCCCCAGUGCCCUGCAGCGCCCCAGCUCCCAGCUAUGGAUCCGCCGGUGCCUACUCUCAGUACGCCCCCGUCUACGCUCCUCAGCCCAUCCAGUGGUAAACUGGUCCACAGACUCCACUAACCCCUCCUGAUCACCGACAACAGCAAUGCAUACAAAAUAAAAAAAAUAUUUAUGUUUAAUCAUAAAA